AUGAAAUUAUUUUUCAUUAGUAUAAUUGGCAUUUUCAGUUUGCUCAUUUCACAAGAAUAUGGUUAUACGGUUGAUAUCAAUCUGAAUGAUGCAAAACAAAAACAACAUCUAAUAACCAAACUUAAUUCAUUGAAUCAAUAUUUACAGUCAAGGGGGAUUAACAAACAAUUCACCGAAGACGAAUUCUACAAAAUCAUAUACGAUAGAUUAAACAAGCAUAUUGAAGACGAAAAAAGCGAUGUCCGCAUAAUUGAAAAAGUUCAUUCCAUAUCAGAUAUUUUCUUCUUCAAUAAGCCGUGGAUUCCUUUAUGGAUUGUAAACCCCCUAUACUACAUAGCCGAGAAGUUCGUACAACUUAUGGCAUUUUUACUAGUAGAUGAUAAUAUUAGAGAACUCCAAAUGCCAGAAUACUAUUACGAUACAUCAAUAUGA